AUGGAAGACUCUGGAGACUUAUUCAGAUUUAUACCAAAUAACCCAGAAGAAAGGAGCAGUAAAAGAUCAGCGGAUGCUAAUACACUACAUAUAUUCAUAAUAUAUGAAAAUACCAUCAAAAGCCGAUUCCGGCCACGGCGGCCAAUCUCAAUGAUUAGCCAACUGCGCAGGAGAUAUUAUAGUGCUCGAGUGUACGCGCAGACACAAGUCUCUAUUCAUAUCGCUCUCAUACUCCGGUGGGACGACCACUCGACACGACCGGUGAGAGGUAAGGCGCAGGACCGACGGCUUUACGUGCUCUCCGAGGCACGGGGG